UAUAUAAUUUAUAAAUGGAGGGACAAAGGGACUUGGUAAACAAGAAGUUAAUCCAAACAAGAGAAAUAAUAAUAACCCUUGUUCUUCCCCAAUCGCCAUUUUCUUUUCUCUCUCAGUUUUCAUUCUCUCUGUAUUGCUCAACUCUCGUACAUUCCCCCGAUUGACUUUUUUUUUUAUUAUUUUCCGAGUGAUUAUUGUUUAAUUUUUUUGAAUUGUUCUUUCUUCCACAUGUAUACAUGUUUGAACUAGGGUUUAAUUAGUGGUUUUUGAAUUUCCCUAAUUUUGUCAGACACUGUUUGUUUGUGCUCGCUGUUUCAAAUUCGCUGACUCUGACUUUUCGAUCUCUGCAAAUUAGGGUUCAUCAUGCAUAUAAUGCUCAAUUUUGAAUUUCUACAGUGAGGAUCUUUUUUUAAGGGAAUAUUCGAUAUAUAGUUUUGAUUAACAGAUGGGAAACAAUUGUGUCAAUGGUAGAAUUGCCAAAGAUGGUUUCUUCCACACGAUUUCGCGUUCGUUGUGGUGGUCUAAUAAGUCGCAAGAAAUGAUUUCUUCCACACAGUUUUACAAAGAAAAAACCGGCGAUUCAACCCCCUCGAAAGCUCUAGAAGGUUCCGAUCAUGUCGAAAUCAAACCCCCCGAAGUAUUGAAGUUCGAGGAAAAAGUCGAAACAAAACCACAACCACCACCACCCGCGAAAACCGAGCCCGUGAUCAUCAUCCCCAAGGAAGCCCCAAAACAACCUCAGGAAAUCCGAACGUGGGAGGACACAAUCAAGAAUGACGAAAUUACCCCCGCUCAAACGGCCGUUGUUACAGUAACCGAAAAACCCAAACCGGUAACGGAAGCUCCGAAAACCAAGAAAGCUCACAAUGUUAAGAGAAUGAUGAGUGUGGGCCUACAAGUGGAUUCUGUUUUGAGAACCAAAACAGGGCACUUGAAAGAGCACUUCAAUUUAGGGCACAAACUCGGUCACGGUCAAUUCGGUACGACUUUUCUCUGCGUGGAGAGAAAAACCGGAAAAGAGUACGCUUGCAAAUCCAUUGCAAAGAGGAAGCUACUGUCACAAGACGAUGUGGACGAUGUGAGGAGAGAGAUUGAGAUCAUGCACCAUUUAUCCGGAAACCCUAACAUUAUUUCGAUAAAGGGCGCUUACGAAGAUGCUGUGGCGGUGCAUGUUGUAAUGGAAGUUUGUGCGGGCGGUGAGCUAUUUGACAGGAUCGUUAAACGGGGCCAUUACUCGGAGAAGAAGGCUGCGGAACUUACUAGAACAAUUGUCGGCGUGAUUGAAACUUGUCAUUCUUUAGGUGUGAUGCAUAGGGAUCUUAAACCGGAGAAUUUUUUAUUUGUUAAUCAAGAGGAGGAUUCCCCUAUUAAGACCAUUGAUUUCGGAUUGUCCGUUUUUUUCAAGCCAGGGGAUGUAUUCGGUGAUGUAGUCGGAAGUCCUUAUUACGUUGCACCGGAAGUGCUUUGUAAGCGUUAUGGACCGGAGGCAGAUGUGUGGAGUGCAGGUGUAAUAAUUUAUAUUCUUCUUUCCGGUGUGCCUCCGUUUUGGGGCGAGAGUGAGCAAGAAAUAUUUGAAGAGGUAUUGAAUGGUGAUGUUGACUUCACUUCGGAUCCUUGGCCUAAAAUAUCCGAAAGUGCAAAGGAUUUAGUCAAGAAAAUGCUUUUACGUGAUCCAAGAAAGCGCUUAACCGCUCAUCAAGUUCUAUGUCAUCCUUGGGUGCAAGUUGAUGGAGUAGCUCCAGAUAAGCCUCUCGAUUCUGCAGUUCUAAGUCGAUUGACACAGUUUUCGGCUAUGGACAAGCUUAAGAAAAUGGCUCUCAGGGUAUGUAUGCUGUUUAAUUUGAAUAUUAUCAAUAUUUGUUUUUUUUUUCCUUAAAAUUAUUACAAUCUCGAAAUCGGUUAUCUGUUUGAUUAGGUCAUUGCUGAAAGCCUAUCGGAAGAAGAAAUUGCCGGGCUUAAAGAAAUGUUCAAAAUGAUAGAUACGGAUAACAGUGGCAAUAUCACUUUCGAAGAGCUCAAAGCUGGCCUCAAACGAUGUGGACAUAAUCUUAACGAAUCUGAGAUACAUGACUUGAUGAAAGCUGCAGAUGUUGAUAAUAGUGGUACAAUCGACUAUGGGGAGUUUAUAGCGGCAACAUUGCAUAUGAACAAAAUCGAGAAGGAGGAUCAUUUGUUUAGGGCGUUUUCGUACUUUGACAAGGAUGGGAGCGGUUUUAUUACACAAGACGAGCUUCAAAAAGCGUGUGAAGAGUUUGGCAUAGAGGAACUUCACCUGGAAGAAAUGAUUCUUGAAGUCGAUCAAAACAACGACGGUCGAAUAGACUAUAACGAGUUUGUGGCGAUGAUGCAGAAAGGAAAUACGGAUUUCGGUAGGAAGAGGUUACAGAACAAGUUUAAGAUUGGGAUUAGGGAGGCUAUGCCAGUUUGUUAACAAUGUUUAUAACUAAACCAUAUUUUUUCUUACUUUCUUUUUUUGUGGUUUUUUUUUCAGCAUCAAUAUUUGGAAUUCCAAAUUUUUUUUUUUCUUAAAUGAUGAAAUUUCUGCAUGGUGUGGAUUUUUUGUCUGGAUAUAUAU